AUGACUACUAUAAAGGUAAACGAUGAACAAGAGAUCAUCAAUAAAUUAUCUUCUUACAUUCAGAAAAUUUCAAGUGAUUCAAUACACAGUCGCGGAAAGUUUUUUAUAGGCCUCUCAGGAGGUUCGGUUGUCAAAUAUUUGUGUGAAGGUUUACCUAAGCUAGAUACAGAAUGGUCGAAAUGGGUGCUCGCUUUCUGCGAUGAGCGAGUGGUGGCUGAAGAUAGUGAUGAUUCUACGUUUGGUACAUACAAGCGGCAAUUAAUUCCAAGGACCGGUUUGAAAGAUGAACAGUUUAUUACUAUCAAGCAAGGAGUAUCAGCUGAAGAAGCAGCUAAAGAUUAUGCAGAAAAAUUAAAAGAAGCAUUCAAUGGUGAAGAUUUUAGAUUUGAUUUACUUCUGUUAGGCAUGGGACCAGAUGGGCACACCUGUUCAUUGUUUCCGAACCAUCCGUUACUGGAUGAAGUUAAUUUGAAAGUGGCUGCAAUCACCGACUCUCCGAAACCACCUCCUGAAAGAAUCACAUUGACAUUUGCAGUUGUGAACAAUGCAAGGAAUUGUAUAUUUGCCAUUAGCGGUGCUAGUAAAGCAGAAAUGGUGAAAAGAAUACUAAAGAAUAAAGAAGAUUUACCAGCAAGUAGAGUGAACCCAGUAACAGGCUCUCUGUACUGGAUAGUGGACCAUGCUUCUGCUGCUUAUUUGUAA